CUUAAUAAUCUUACCUUUCACCACUUCUGAGACAACUAUUCGAAUCAAACACCAUGUCAGCCUUAUCCAGAUCGAUGAAUUUGAGUGCACUGGCCGUCGGUGUAGUGCUUGUCCUCAUUGCUCAAGUCCACGGGGCCAACCCUCCAGCCCAAACAACGGCAAGAAUAUGUUCAGGUCCAAGCAUUGUGGCCUACAUUGCUGGCCCUAACAACAGGAUUUAUCCCGCCAAUGGUCAGGGGUCUCCAUCCGGGCAAGCCAGAUGCACUGGAACUGCUACCUACCCGGACCUACAAAUAGAUGCAGUCCCAAGUUUCCCUCUUGGUUCCAACCCUUAUUGCGCUGCGGCCAAUGGUGACUGUGUGAAACCUCCACCCCAAGUAACGUCGAAAAUAUGUUCAGGUCAAGGCGUUGUGGCCUACAUUGCUGGCCCUAACAACAGGAUUUAUCCCGCCAAUGGUAAGGGGACUCCAUCUGGGCAAGCCAGAUGCACCCCGAGCCUACAAAUCGAUUCAAACCCAAGUUUCCCUCUGGGUGACAACCCUUAUUGCGCUGCAGCCAAUGGUGCCUGUACGCAAGUCGCCUGAGUCGUCCCCUGUGUUGUUUGCACCCCUUGUUCUCGGAUCUUUUCUCGAUUUUACAUUCUUUUCUUUCUCCUUUACAAACAUGGCUUCUACUGCAUUCUCAUGAGAUUGUUAGGAUCUACAUUGAAGUUUGUCCUAGUGCCUCUGUAUUGCGAAUCUUUCCCUUCACCCUUGGACAAUUAUGUCAGACAAUCAGCCAUAGCCCUCUGAAUUGUUUCGGGCUUCCUCUUU